AUGGGACCGAAGAAGAAAAAGGUUGCCGAGGGCCCGAAGGAGCCUCUGGACGCCGCCCCGAGCACGGAGCCCACCGUCAGCCGCCUGGCUCCCCUCAACAAGGAGAUCGUCGUGGUCACCGUCCACGGGGCCACCAACCUGCCUGCCUGCAGGGACGGCUCUGAGCCCUGGCCCUAUGUGGUGGUGAAAACCACAUCUGAGGAAGCCAAGGAGCAGAGCUCCCACGCAGUCACCUCCGUGACCCCGGAGCCCACCCGAGCCCCGAUCUGGGGGGACACGGUGACGGUGGAGAUCGAAGCGGAGGACGCUGGGCGCGAAGAUGUGGUCCUCAAGGUGGUGGACAAGAAGAAUAAGGAGGAGCUUCUGUCCUGCGCCGUCCCCAUCAAGUACCUGCGUGUCUUCCACCCCUACCACUUUGAGCUGGUGAAAGAUAGUGAAAGGAAAAGCAGCGAAGCCGCGGCCAGCACCCACCUGUAUGCCACGGUCACUCGCAAGGGCAGCUGCAUCCCCCGCUACAUCGGCUGCACCCACACGGCGCUGGAGAUCUUUCUACGGGGAGUCAACGAGCCCCUGAUCAACAACCGGAGCCCCAUGGUGGUGAUUGCCCGGGUGGUUCCCAACUACACGGAGUUUAAGGUCAGCCAGGCAAACCAGGACCCGGCCUCGGUGGGGCUGCCCAUCACCCCCCUGUCUUUCCCUAUCCCGUCUGUGAUGAACUUCGACGUGCCCCGGGUCAGCCAGAACGGGUGCCCUCAGCUGUCCCCGCCUGGCAGCCCCCCAGAGCAGCCCCUGUGGAACCAGCCCUUCCUCUUCCAAGGCCGGGACGGAGCCACCAACUUCACAGAAGACGCGGCCCUGGUGCUGGAGUACUACUCCUCGGUUUCAGGGAAGGGCAGUGAGCCCUGGAACUUGGGCCAGCCCGUGGGCGUCUCCGUGUUGCCGCUGAAGAGCCGUCUAUACCGCAAGAUGCUGGCCGGAACAGGCACGAGCGGGCUGCGCGUGGAGCGGCUUCCCAUCACGGACACGAGCCUGAAAACCAUAGGCGGGGAGGCGCCCACGGUGGACGUCUCCCUCCAGCUGUGCUCCUCCGAGAGACCAGAAAACUUCCUGACACCAAACAGCAGCAAGGCUCUGCCCACCCUGGACCCCAAGAUCCUGGAUGAGAAGCUGGGGACCAUCCGCGAGUCCUGGUCCAAGGCCACGGCCAGCUCCACGGAGGACUCCAGCUCGUCCAUCUCUCAGGGGGCGGAAGAGGAGCCUCUGGAACCAGAAUCCUACAGCGAUGUAGAGAUGAACAACUACCGGCGAGCCAUGCAGAAGAUGGCAGAGGACAUCCUGUCGCUGCGGAAGCAGGCCAGCGUCCUGGACGGGGAGAACCGCAGGCUGCGGAGCCGGCUGGCCCGGCAGGAGGCCGAGGAGGCGCAGGCCGAGGCCCAGGAGACCCAGAACCUGGGCUCCAUGAAGGAGAAGCUGCUGCUGGCCGAGCUGGACGCAAACCAGCUGCGGGACAAGGUGCAGCACCUGCAGAACGAGCUGAUUCGAAGGAACGACAGGGAGAAGGAGCUGCUGCUCCUGCAUCAGGCGCAGCAGCCGCAGGCCGCGCUGCUGAAACGCUACCAAGACAAGCUGCAGCAGAUGCGCGCGCUGGAAGACACCGUGCGGCACCAGGAGAAGGUGAUCCAGAAGAUGGAGCACAUGCUGCGGGACUGGAGCGAGGCCCCCGCGCCGAGCAGGCUGCGGGAGAAGCCCAGACCCCCAGAACCCAGCCGCCAACCCCCGUGGCCAAUCACAGGCCUCCCCGGGCCCUCUGCCCCCGGCCCCCCUCUGGGCUCCAAGGGAGAGAACUUGCCCGCCGACGUGUACUCCAUGCUGCUGGCUGAAAACUCGCGGCUGCGGGCAGAGCUGGACAAGAGCCGGCACCAGUCGGCCCCCAUCAUCCUGCAGCAGCAGGCCCUGCCGGACCUCCUGUCUGGUGGUGCAGACAAGUUCAACCUCCUGGCCAAGUUGGAGCGCGCUCAGAGCCGGAUCCUGGCCCUGGAGAGCCAGUUGGAGGACUCGGCUCGGCGCUGGGGGCGGGAGAAGCAGGACUUGGCCACGCGCCUGCAGGAGCAGGAGCACGGCUUUGGGCGCCCCUCGAACUCCAUCAUCAUAGACCCUCCCGUGACCUCGACCCCCCCCAAGGACCUCGAGCGUCCCUCGAAUCUGGAGCCCCUGCCGCCAGGCUCGGACACGAAGCUCAGCAAGACCGCAGACCCCCAGCAGACCUGA